AUGCCAGGCCUGCUGUACAUCACCCUGACUGCACUGCUGGCCUGCUGUGAUGCCUUCAGAGUGGGUUCGUCUCAGAGGGUCAUCCCCCUCAGCGCCCCUGGGGCUCGGGUGUUCCAGGAUGAAGGCCCAGCCCAGGCACACUUCAUCCAGGAAUUAGUCAGAACCAAGCGCCACUCAGUGCCAGAGUUAGUGCGGGUCCAGCCUCAUUUGGUUCACGACAUGGGCCGGCCAGAGAUCUACGAAACAUCCCGUUCCAAGGACAAGAUGGAGUCUGAUAACUCCUCUCAGAUAAACCCUCCACCCCCCGCAGGUCAGGAAGCAGUCAGGACCCGCCCUGCUUUGGAGGAAAAUGUUGGUGUAGUAGACGAGAUGGAGCGUAUGGUCCAUCUGGUGGUUCCUCAGGAUGCAGAAGGCUACAGGGGGAGUCCAGACUCCAGCGACCCAGACAAGGAGCUCAUUGGCGGGCCAGGAGCUGCUGAUGCCUCCCUGGAGGCCUCCGGCUUCUUCGGGACAGACAUGGAGGACAGAGACAGAGGAGAGGAAGGAGGAGAGGACCGAGAGAGGAGAGGGGAAGAGGAGGAGUGGGAGAGAUACAAGGGAGAGGACAUAGAGAGAGGAGGGGGAGGAGCCAGAGAAGAGGAGAGGGGAGGAGGAACAGAUGAUCAAGACCUCCAUGUGUUGGAUGCCAACCAUACAACUCCAGAUCUGGAUGCUCUGAUUGGCUACAGUCCAUCCUUCCAGCCCAGCGUCUCCUCCCCAGCUGAGGUGCAUGAUUCUAGGCUACAGGAGCACCGUGCAGCCCCCGUCCUAGAGGUGGAUCUGUUAGAGAGAGAGCUGUGGGAGGCAGAGGGGGAGGAAGGCGGUCAUUCAAGUGGCUACGGAGUCCUUCACUCCUCCAUCAUUACGACUACUGCUACUACUGCUGCUGCUGGUGAAGACGCUGCAGGAACAUCCACCCCUGAGACGGACACAGGCACAGACUUUGGGCUGCUGGGAAGCUACACAAGAGUCUCUGCAGAGGAGACAGAGGAUGAAGAGACAGAGAAGGAGGAAGAGGAAGAAACGGAGCUUGCACACAAAGGCCUUUUUACCCAGAAUCUAACAGCAGCAGAGGUUGGCAUGGCUCCCAGCAGAGAGCCUCUGCAGCCCAGCGUGGAGGAAGAGAAGGAACACCAGUCACAAGGGGGCAUACUGCCAGACAGAAGCGACGAGAUGAAGGAGGAGGAAUGGAUAAAAAUGAAGGAGGAAGAGGAGGGAACAAGAAACAGACACAUGGUCCCGCUCACCACAGACUGGGAUUUACUGGAGAAGACCACUGUCCUGCAGACCCAGAGGUCAGGGGUGGGCGGGGUCACAGAGGUCCACGAUGUGGAUGAGAUGGAGGAAGCACGGCAGGUGGUGUGUUUGGAGUGGAGCGAGCUGGUCGGACGUGGGUACGUCGUCCUCAACAUGACGCACAACCUAAACUGUGAGGAGUUUCGCGUGGACCAGGGUGUACGGUUGUUGAAGGUCAUGGAGCGCGUGUUCGCUCGGAGAAUGAACAGCCCAGAGGGAUCAUGGUUAAUCUCUCUCAGCAAACCUACACACCAGCAACACCAGCUGCUGAUGAACGUGGCGUCUGACCGCGGAGUGAUAGCCACCAAGGAUGUGCUGGGCAUGCUGGGAGAAAUCAGGAAACAUUUGAAUAAGCUGGGCAUCCAGAACUACAGCUCGGCCAGCAGCUGCCCGUCUCGCCCCAGUCAGACACGCAGCGACUACGGGAAGCUGUUCGUGGUUCUGGUGAUCAUCGGCUCCAUCUGCAUGGUCAUCAUCACAUCUGGAUUCAUUUAUAUCUGCUGGCAGAGAAGACUGCCUGCAACCAAGACCACGUUUCGCAAUGAGGAACUUCACUUUGUGGAAAACGGUUGCCACGACAACCCAAUGCUGGACGUAACUAAUGACAACCAGUCUGAGAUGCAGGAGAAGAAGCCGAGCACCAAUGGGCUCGCAGGAGGAGGAGGAGGAGGAGGAACUGGAGAAGGCGGGGAGGAGAGCAGUCGCUGGCAGGUCUUUGUCAAUCAGGCAGUGACUGAGGAGGAAGGAGAGGAGGAGCAGGACACACAUCUCUGAUGGACGAAGAGGAGGAGGGGACAGGUUAUAAAGGUCUUUGAUAGACAGGUGAUAAAUGGAGCCUACAGGAAAGAAGAAGAAGAAGAAGUUGGCAAAGAAAGCAGAGGAGUAAUGAGGAGGAAGAAUGGUGGAGAGGAGAGGAGGAAGAGACAGAAAAGAACAAGUAGUGAGGAUAGGAGAUAAACGAUAUAACGAGUGAGUAGAAGAUGUGUUGUCCAGUGAGAGUUAAAGAGGCUCGUAGGAGGUGAGCAGGAGGAGUCACUGACAUAUUCAUGGGUAUUAGGCACCAGGGUUUAUUUCAUGCUUCAAAUUGAAAUGCAUAAAAGACAUUUAACUUGCUGAUCUCUUUAAAAGUUCUGGGAAAGGUAAGCAUUUCCUAAAGCUGCAUACCGUUUACCUGAUGUUAGAUAAUGUCACCAUCUGUUGAUUGUGCCUUAUGCUUUCAGCUUUUUGCACUGCACGAAAAAUAAUCCUGAUACCAGCGACACAAUCAUAGCAGAGAGCACCUUAUCCACCGUAACAUUUGAAUGUAAAUGAGGCUUCAAAGUCUGAAGCGUCCACAGCUGCAGCGUCAUCAUUGGCUAAAACAUAUUUAGGGAAACUAAAAUAAUUACAACAUUUCCCAUCUGAUGUAGGUUUAAUUCUGAAGAACACGUUGUUGACUUUGAUAACCAGUGAUGGAAUGUACCUAAGCGCGUUUCAAAUAUUUGACCUACGUACUAACUUUCAGAUUUUAUUUCACUCCAAUAUAUUUAUCUUAAGGUUAUACUACUUAAUACUGUACAUGUACUGUUAUUAUUUUACAUACAAAAUGUUUGAUGAGCUUACAAACAACAGUGCAAUAUUACUGAUGAAACUACUCUAAAGUAUUUAAAGUAUUUCAAAUGAUUAAUUAUUGACACAAUCUACAGUCCAAUGAUAAAAGGCUAGCUAUUAACACAUUAAAGCCUCUUUCAUAAUAAUAAUAAUAAUCAAAUAACACUUUCACAGAAUAGUUUUUUGCAGGUACUUUUACUUUUGAUACUUCAAGUAUAUUUUUCUACCAACACCUCUUUACUUUUACUCAAGUAAUUUUUACUCAAAAAUGGUACCAACAGUGUUUCCCCUAGGAUGCAGUCAUAGCAGCGGUGCUAAGGCAUGCGAGCCCAGCUAAAUGUGAGCGCGUGGAAUUUUUUAGUGUGUGCGCUUGCAAAGUGCGCCCCGCCAAUAUGUUUAUAUGUGUCUGCCAGCACAAGAAAGGCUCUUGAGGCCUAUAUAAAUCAAAUCAUAUAUGUAUGAUAUUUUAACAUUACUGUUAUUAACGUAUCACUCGUAAUUAUUACUAACAUUUGACAUUCAAAACAUACAAUGAGCUCAAAUGGGCCCUGUUAUGUUUUUUAGGUUUUCCCUUUCCUGUCUGGACUCCUUGUUAACUUCAGCAAAAUAGUGACGUCACUAAGUAAUAUUCUCUCCUAUUGGCUAGCGUGCAUGUAAAUGGUCUGCAAAGUCUAACAUCUCUGUUCUCUCAUCAUUUUCAAAGUAUACUCUAGGACAAUAAACCAGCUAAAAUCUCGCCAUGGACAUGAAAUUGUCUAGAACCGGCCCUGCUAGUAGUUAUUAAAACUUCAGAGAUGUUCAGUAGUUUACCCCUGGUGUCUGAAUCCGGAGAAAACAGCGACUCCUGUUAACUUUUCCAAACAGGAAGUACAACCUGUAGCGUCAAGUAAGGUUUUGGCACUUUAUCGAUUCCUCUUGGAAAUGGCGACUAUCAUCAUUGAAAUGCUGCAUCAUGUUAAAUGUCUUACAUACAGUGACUGAGAUAUCUCUAUUUUGCUAAUAGGAAUGGUUGUAGCCACUGAGGAUGUUUUCUCUACAAUCAGUCAUGUGAUUGCUAUACUUACUACCUGUUAGCCUGAUAUGCUUUUUUCAAUAGUGGUGCAAUGGCUGCUGUACGCUACGGGCUUUUCCUCGAGGCGAUGACACAUGGGCAACAUUAAGAGGCAGACAGCAUGAAAAAACUAGUAACAGUGUUGAAGUCGAUUAAUCAAACAAUAAUCCAGAGUCGAGCCCCGAGUUUUUGACGUUUUAAUGUUAAAUGUUGAAGUUUGAGUCUCUACAACCAUGUUUAACUCACAUUUGAGUCAGCACAAUCAUGUCUGAAUCAAUACAGUCAUGUUUGAGUCACUAUCUAGGCAUGGGACCAUAUAGAUUUCAUUUCAGGAUCAUCCUGUCUAAAAUAAUUGCGAUUCACAAUAUUAUCCCACAUGUAUUGCAUCAAAACAUGCUUAAAACACAUGGAAAUCGCACACCUUACAUUUUGCAUUUUGCAUCACAGACAGGACACACAUCCUUUUUAGUGAAACACAAUAAAUUGAUCUGAACUAAUUUACAUUAAUAAAGGAUAAAUUGUUCUAUAUAAGCAACAUUGAGUGAUUCAGUUUCUUAACAUGAUAAUUCCUGCAUUUUUUAAAACAUGGUCAUGGUCACUCGUGAGGAUAUUUACAAUCAUCCCCAUAAUCAAAAUUGCCCCAAUCGUGUUUUUAUCGCGAUCCCCAUACAAAUUCUAUAUCGUCCCAUCCCUAUAACGGUCACUGCAGACAUGCCUUUAUUUUAUUUAACCAGAAAGGUCUCAAGGCCAUACAAAAAUAAAAAUCUCUUCUGGGCAAGACGGCAAAAAAAAGAGCAAACAGACACCAAACAUGCUUAUAUGUUAUAAGCAACCUUAUUGUUCUUUCAAACAUUUUUAAAGAAUAAAUCACUCUGCUAUAAACGCCUGAAUUUCCCCACGUGGAUAAAUAAAGUUACAUCUUAUCUUAUCUUAUGUCAAGAGUGGGUAAGGAGACCAGGUUAAGUAUGCCUUGGAACUUAGUCCAAUCUUGCAGGGCAUGAAAGGCAAACUAAAUCUGAAGAGUGAUAAUGAUGUACAUAUCAAUUACUUUGUCAUACUGACAAAAUGUACUUUGGACUAAUAUUUUUCUAAAUAAAUACAAUCAUGUCUAAAGUUGUGAUCAUGCCCUUGUCACUACAAUUUGAUUGACCAACAUUUCAAUCAAAAAUUAUCUCUAUAAAUCAUCAAGUGUGUGACUUGUAUGGGACUUGACAAGUUCAGCACAUAAUAAAGUCUAGUUUCCAAACAGCACAAACCUACAACACUCAUCAAAUGGGCAGAAUACUGUUGAAUUAACAUCUAUAUUAAGUUAAUAUAGAUGCUAUCAAUUAAAAUAAAUGUAACAUUUGUUUCUGCAGUUGUCACUCUCCAUUCCUGUUACAGGUGUUGCCCAUCUACAUUUGGUCAAGAUGUUGCCUGUGUUUCAGCUCUUUUACUCUGACUUUUCUCAUUGUAACAAUACUGUAUAUGGCUUCACUAUAAACUACGCUGAGUGAUACGCACUUUGUCAGCUAAGCGGGAUAUAGGGAGCGUUCAGGAACUCACAAUUGUCCAUUCUGAAUGACUCCCUGCUGCAGAUGAUCUGCUUCUGAGAGAAAAGUGAAGGGAUAUUGUCCUCCACUGAGAAACAGAAUAAAUGAGCAUGUAGCUUUCAGCACUGCAGCGAGCACUAAUAUAACGUACAAAACUGCAACAAGCUGUAACUUUUAUUUGCUGAAAAGCAGUUUGAACCAGAGGAAUUGUGUUGCUUAGAGCUAUAUGCAAUCAAUGAUUUUAAAUAAUUGUUGUUUUCAAGACAUAUCUUUCAAAAUGGAGCAACUGUCACAAAGAAACCAAUAUCCCCCUCGGAUAAAUAAGUAUUCUGAUUUUGAUUGUGAGGAUUUAAAAUAGUUUUCUCAGAUGUUUUUUCCUUUACAGAAUCUGAGAGCAACCUCGUGUUUGUUUGCAUUUCUUAGCAAGUGCAAGUCAGUUGACAUUAAGUUCUGGCAAAAAACAAUGACCCUUGAUCUGAAUAAAGACAACACCAUUAGUUUCCUGGUCACUUUUGUAACUAGGUUUUUGUCAAACAUUUUGUUGAGUAAUCAUGCUCUCAAAUUUUUUAUUUCUGUUAUUUUAUUUUACUAAUGUUUUUCUAUGUAUGUAUGUCACACUCAUUUGGUUGUCUGUGUAAUAAGUUAAAUGUGAGAAAUAAAGUUGGGAGAAAUUGUGA